AUGCUUGACAUUUUUGACAUUGGGAUGAGUGGCGAGUGCCCUUUCGGCUUUCGGUCAGCAAAGUAGCUAGCGGAAUAUAUUUUAUAAGUGUAAUAUUUCCGAAGUGUUAAAUCGUUUAAGACAUGGCAGAACCAAAAGCUGACAUUGCCCUCAUUGGGUUGGCUGUGAUGGGCCAGAAUAUCAUCCUCAACAUGGAUUCUAAAGGAUUUGUAGUUUGUGCAUUUAACAGAACAGUUGCCAAGGUGGAUCAAUUUCUUGCUAAUGAAGCAAAAGGAACAAAAAUUAUUGGAGCUAAAUCCUUAGAAGACAUGGUUGCAAAACUCAAAAAGCCAAGAAAAAUUGUCAUUUUGGUAAAAGCUGGGUCAGCAGUGGAUGAAUUUGUUUUAAAAUUGGUUCCACUAUUGGAGAAAGGUGAUAUAAUAAUAGAUGGUGGUAACUCUCAAUACAUGGACACACAGCGCUGGUGCAAGGAGCUGAAGCCCACUGGGAUCCACUAUGUGGGAAUGGGUGUGAGUGGGGGGGAAGACGGCGCCCGGUACGGCCCGUCGCUGAUGCCCGGCGGCCAUCCGGCCGCCUGGCCCCACGUCAAACCGAUAUUCCAGGCUAUCUGCGCUAAAGCGAACAACGAGCCCUGCUGUGACUGGGUGGGCGAGGAUGGCGCCGGCCACUUCGUGAAGAUGGUGCACAACGGCAUUGAGUAUGGCGACAUGCAACUCAUCUGUGAAGCCUACCAUCUUAUGAAAGACAUUUUAGGUAUGGAUCAAGGUGAAAUGGCGCGUGUAUUUGAAGAGUGGAACAAAGGCGAAUUAGACUCGUUCCUUAUUGAAAUCACAAGAGAUAUUCUCAAUUUCAAGGAUUCUGAUGGUAAAUACUUGCUGCCGAAGAUCCGCGACUGCGCGGGUCAGAAGGGCACGGGCAAGUGGACGGGUAUCAGCGCGCUCGAGUACGGCGUGCCGGUCACUCUCAUCGGCGAGGCCGUGUUCGCGCGCUGCCUGUCCGCGCUCAAAGAGGAGCGAGUGAAGGCGAGCGGUGUGCUGGCCGGCGCGGCGGGCAAGUUUACGGGCGAUAAGAAGGCGUUCCUGGAGCACCUGCGCAAGGCGCUGUACGCCAGCAAGAUCAUCUCGUACGCACAAGGGUUCAUGCUGCUGCGCGAAGCCGCCAAGGUGCAUCAAUGGAACCUGAACUAUGGGAGCAUCGCUCUGAUGUGGCGCGGAGGCUGCAUCAUCAGGAGCGUGUUCCUCGGCAAUAUCAAGGACGCGUUCACGAAGAACCCUCAGCUGUCCAACCUGCUGCUGGAUCCGUACUUCACGAAGCACAUCGGCGCGUCGCAGGAGUCGCUGCGGCAGGUGGUGGCGCAGAGCGCGCUGGUGGGCGUGGCCGCGCCGGCCUUCGGCGCCGCGCUCGCCUUCUACGACGGCUACCGCACCGCCUUCUUGCCCGCUAACCUGCUACAGGCCCAGAGAGACUACUUUGGCGCGCAUACGUACGAGCUGGCCAAGAAGCCGGGCGAGUUCAUCCACACGAACUGGACCGGGCACGGCGGCAACGUGUCCGCCUCUACCUACACCACGUAGACAUGCUGACUGCAUGUGCCACUAAUAUAAUAUGGUGGUAUUCAACACUAGAGUAGCUACAGUAAAAAGAGAGAAUUUUAAUAUACAUUUGCGAUUCAUCUAUUUUUCGUAUAAUAUACCAACUUAUACACGGUGGCUAAAAAAUAAGUGCAUUUCCGUUGCCAGGGAGGUUACUCUACUAGGUACUAGGUAUACUGAGCAACUUUUACCAUGGGACCAACCCAGAAAUCGCGAAAAGAAAUUUGGCUGUUUCAUACAUUUUGGCUGGUCCAUUUUCUAUGGGAGGGUAAAUUUUUGUUUCGCGAUUUCGAAGUUGCUGGUCCCAUAGUAAAAGUUGCUCAGUAUAAUCCCAAAACCUCCCUGGCAUCGGGAAUGCACUUAUUUUUUAGCCACCCUGUAUAAAAUUAGAAAGAGUAAAACUUAAUUUUUUAUGAAAUUAAUUAUUUAAUUUUUGGAAAGGUUUACAUUUAUAUCAUAAUUAAGCGUUUAUUUAUUACACAGGCACCUAAAUCCAUAGUUUACUCUAAGUAACAUUGAAUACCACUUUAAUUCAGCUUGCUCCAUUUCUUUUUGGUUUUAGAACUCCAAGGACAACGGAAUUGUAUGUUUUAAACAAGUGAAUUUAUUUGACGAUAACGGAAAGUAUGUAGGUACUACGAAAUAAACGCUUACUGUAUUUGCAUUGCCCCCAAUAAUUACAUUGCAGUGCAGUCUUAACAAUGGUCUUGACUCAGCUUUUUUGAUGGUUUUUACUGUUUUUCCCUUGGGUGUGGCCAUAACAGCCAAGUAAUUCAUUUUAAAUACCCUCGAUUCUUUUAAAUAUAGUGAGAGAGUAAUCCAUGUUAUUGUUGAAUGUUGAUAUUGAAUGAAAACAACAUAAUUAUGUUUUAAGUAUAAGAGAUAAUUUUGUGUGUUUUAAAUAUCACUUCGAAACUAUUUAAUUUAUUUAUUACAAUCAUUCCUACUAAUAACAUUCCUUUGUCAGUCAAAAACUGAAGACUACAUUAAAUUACUAUUACAUUACAUUUACAUUGAAUUAUUAUUAUUUAUUAAAUAUGGUGAAUGGUAAAUUAUGGGGUGAAAUGUAAAAUGUUAUUGUGAUAAUUUCCUGCGUCAUGAGACUCAUAAGACAAGUGAUAU